UGGUAAAAAAUGUCCAAUUGAGACGGAUAACAAGAAUAAAAGGAAGCAUAAAUGAGAAAAAAGAUGCUGGAGCAGUGUCAUUUGUCUUGUUUCACGUUCUUCUCGUUUUCCAUUUCUUUCAAUCUGUUUAUGUAGCUCUUAUAAAUUCAGUUUGAAUUCAGUUAUUAUUCUUUUCAUUUUUCUCGCCACCAAGCUUCUCAGUUUCAUCCCCUUGCAGUGCGUGAAGUUUGAUUGUUAAGAAAAUGGCGACAGCAUCUGUUCCAUCUUCAUUUACUGGACUAAAGAGUAACGAUAAUGUCACUGGCUUUACCAAAAGUAUGGAUUUUAUUAAACUUUCUGAUUCGCAGAGGGUUAGGUUUCGCCGAACUAGGGUUUCUGUGAUUAAGAACUCCAAGUCAGAGAUUGUCGAACUUCAGCCUGCAUCAGAAGGGAGUCCUCUAUUAGUUCCUCGGCAAAAGUAUUGUGAAUCCACAAACAAAACCGUAAGGAGAAAAACACGCACAGUGAUGGUUGGAAAUGUUGCUAUUGGCAGUGAACAUCCUAUAAGAAUUCAAACCAUGACCACAACUGACACGAAAGAUGUUGCUGGAACAGUCGAGCAGGUAAUGAGGAUAGCUGAUAGUGGAGCUGAUUUAGUCCGUAUAACAGUUCAGGGCAAAAAGGAAGCAGAUGCAUGUUUUGAGAUUAAAAAUUCUCUUGUUCAAAAAAAUUAUAACAUCCCUCUGGUGGCAGACAUUCAUUUUGCCCCUCCUGUUGCAAUGCGGGUUGCUGAAUGCUUCGACAAAAUUCGUGUGAACCCAGGAAACUUUGCUGAUAGGCGGGCUCAGUUUGAAAUACUGGAGUACACAGACGAUGACUAUCAAAAGGAACUUGAGCAUAUCGAGCAGGUGUUUACUCCAUUGGUUGAGAAAUGUAAAAAAUAUGGAAGGGCCAUGCGAAUUGGGACAAACCAUGGAAGUCUUUCAGAUCGUAUAAUGAGUUACUAUGGUGAUUCUCCUAGGGGAAUGGUUGAAUCUGCCUUUGAAUUCGCGAGAAUUUGUAGGAAGCUGGACUUCCAUAAUUUUGUCUUCUCAAUGAAAGCAAGCAACCCAGUUGUCAUGGUCCAGGCUUAUCGUUUACUUUUAGCUGAAAUGUAUGUUCAGGGAUGGGAUUAUCCAUUGCACUUGGGAGUUACUGAAGCUGGUGAGGGAGAAGAUGGACGGAUGAAAUCUGCCAUUGGCAUUGGAACACUUCUUCAGGAUGGUCUGGGAGAUACAAUCAGGGUGUCUCUCACAGAGUCUCCGAUGGAAGAAAUAGACCCCUGCAGGAGGCUGGCUAAUCUUGGUAUGAGGGCCGCAAAUCUGCAGCAAGGCGUGGCACCAUUCGAAGAAAAGCACAGACAUUAUUUUGAUUUUCAACGGAGAACUGGUCAACUUCCAGUGCAACAAGAGGGCGAGGAGGUAGAUUAUAGAGGUGCCCUCCACCGAGAUGGCUCUGUUCUCAUGUCUGUCUCCUUGGACCAGAUAAAGACACCUGAACUCCUUUACAGAUCACUAGCCGCAAAACUCAUUGUCGGCAUGCCAUUCAAGGACCUUGCAACUGUGGACUCAAUUUUAUUGAGGGAGCUUCCAGCACUAGAUGACAAUGAAUCUCGGCUAGCUCUUAAAAGGUUAAUAGAUGUAAGCAUGGGAGUGAUUGCUCCUCUGUCAGAACAACUCAUAAAGCCCUUGCCUAAUGCUAUUGUCCUGGCAACUCUUAAGGAUUUAUCAAGUGGUGCACACAAACUUUUGCCCAAAGGCACCCGAAUAGUUGUUUCAGUACGUGGUGAUGAGCCAGUUGAAGAGCUGGAAUUUCUAAAGGACAUUGAUGCUACCAUGUUGUUCCAUGACCUACCACACACAGAAGAAAAAGUUGGCAGAGUACAAGCAGCCAGGAGGCUAUUUGAGUAUCUUUCGGAAAAUUCUUUGAACUUCCCUGUGAUUCAUCACAUACAGUUUCCAAAAGGGAUUCACCGGGAUGAUUUAGUUAUAGGCGCUGGCGCGAAUGCUGGAUCUCUAUUAGUAGAUGGUCUUGGAGAUGGCAUCCUAUUAGAAGCUCCAGAUCAGGAUUUUGAUUUUCUUAGAAAUACCUCUUUCAAUUUGCUACAAGGUUGCAGAAUGCGAAACACAAAGACGGAAUAUGUAUCCUGCCCAUCUUGCGGGAGGACUUUAUUUGAUUUACAAGAAAUAAGUGCAGAAAUAAGAGAAAGGACAUCCCACUUGCCUGGUGUUUCGAUUGCAAUCAUGGGCUGCAUUGUGAAUGGACCAGGGGAGAUGGCUGAUGCAGAUUUUGGAUAUGUUGGUGGUGCUCCGGGAAAGAUUGACCUUUAUGUUGGAAAGACGGUGGUCAAACGAGCAAUUGCAAUGGAGCAAGCAACUGAUGCCUUGAUACAGCUAAUAAAGGAUCAUGGCCGCUGGGUCGAGCCUGCUGCAGAAGAAGAGUAAAAUACAGUGUGCAGUAUUAUUCUAAAAAUCAUGAAUAAAAAAAGGUUGCCACAAUGGUAUUUUCAAUGCUACUGUUUGUAUUACAAAGCUUUUCUAUAGCUUAGAGAAACUAUAUUGUGGAAAGCUUACAUGUCCUUGAGGAAAGCUUACAUGUCCUUUCAUUUAGUAGCAUGAUGAUUGUUGGAUACUACAGAAAUAUUUUUGAUCUUCUCAGCAACUAGCAAUAUAUAUUUUUGAUCUUCUCAGAAA